AUGUCCCAGGUGUCCCUUGGAGAUUUUGAUUCACUUUCCAAGGACAAUGUCUUCGAGAAUAACCGUUUGGCCUUUGAAGUGGCCGAGAAGGAGCUGGGCAUCCCUGCUCUACUGGACCCCAAUGACAUGGUCUCCAUGAGGGUCCCCGACUGCCUCAGCAUCAUGACCUACGUGUCCCAGUAUUACAACCACUUCGCCAGCCAUGGCCAAGCCGGUGUCUCACCGCCCGGAAAGGGCGUGUCGCCCUCCUCCCCGCCAUCCACUCCAGUGGAACCAGCAGAGCGGGCUCAGGGCGAGGAGCUCGCCUCAGGUCACCUGUCGGAGCAGGGCGCCCACCGGACCCCCAGCAGCGUGUGCGCAGCCUGCGGGCAGCACGUGCACCUGGUGCAGCGGUACCUGGCCGAGGGCAAGCUGUACCACCGGCACUGCUUCCGGUGUCGGCAGUGCUCCAGCACCCUCCUCCCCGGGGCCUACCGGGCUGGGCCUGAGGAGGGCACCUUCGUGUGUGCGGAGCACUGUCCCAGGCUGGGCCCGGGUGGGCGGGGGGCCAAGCCCCGGUCCCCACCACAGCCAGAGCGGCAGCCAGAAGAAGGAAAGGAAGCUGCAGAAGAAGCCAAGGAUGUGGAGGGAGGCGGCCCCAGCCCUAGGGCGGCUGCAGCGGCUGAGGCCCGGCCCCAGGUCCCCACCAAGCCCUGCAUUCUGGACAAACCACAGGGUCUGGCCAGCCCCCAGGCCGGCCGCCCCAUGCCCGCCCCCAGGAAGACCUUGGAGAGCACAGCCCCAGCGCCCUCCGUGCCCCCGACGCCCGCUGUGCCCCCGACGCCCCGGCCCCGGUCCAGCCUGCAGCCUGAGAACUCGGUGGAGCAGGGAGGCGGCAGCCUGGUGAACGGAAGGCUGCACGAGCCCCCCGUCCCCAAGCCGAGAGGGACGCCCAAGCUGUCAGAGAGGACGCCCGCCCCCAGGAAGGACCCUCCCUGGAUCGCACUGGUCCAGGCAGAGCCAAAGAAGAAGCCAGCCCCUCUGCCGCCCAGCAGCAGCCCCCGGCCGCCCAGCCGGGACAGCAGGCGGGUGGAGAAUGGAGGCGAAGAGGAGGCCCCCAGGAGCCCGGCGGCGGCUGGCCUGGAGCCCAAGCCCUACAACCCCUUUGAGGAGGAGGAGGAGGCAGAGGAGGCGGAGGAGCCCCCUGCUGCACCCAGUCUGGCCACCAGCCCUGCCCAGGCCCAGCCGGAGUCCACACCCAAGUCCCUGCACCCCUGGUACGGCAUCACCCCCACCAGCAGCCCCAAGACCAAGAAGCGCCCUGCCCCCCGGGCGCCCAGCGCAUCCCCGCUCGCUCUCCACGCCUCCCGCCUCUCCCACUCCCAGCCGCCCUCGCCGCCGGUUGUGCCCAAGAGCUCCUCAGAGCCUGCUGUCCACGCUCCGGGCACCCCCGGGACCUCUGCCAGCCUCUCUGCGGGCUCCUCCCUGUCCUCCUCUGGGGAGCUGGCGCAGCCCACCCCGGACCGGACGCCUCAAGCCAGCCCUGGACUCGCCCCCAACACAAGGGGCAGCUCGGGUGCCCAGCCAGCCAAGCCCUGCAGUGGCGCUGCCCCCACCCCGCUCUUGUUGGUGGGAGACAAGGUCCCCGUGCCUUUGCCUGGCACCUCCUCCCCGCAGCUCCAGGUAAAGUCUUCCUGCAAGGAGAAUCCUUUUAACCGGAAGGCGUCGCCCACAGCGUCCCCAGCCCCAAAGAAAGCCACCAAAGGACCCAAGCCAGCAAGGCCUCCUGCCCCGGGACACGGCUUCCCGCUCAUCAAGCGCAAGGUCCAGGCUGACCAGUACAUCCCCGAGGAGGACAUCCACCGAGAGGUGGACACCAUCGAGCGCCAGCUGGAUGCCCUGGAGCUCCGUGGGGUGAUGCUGGAAGAGAAGCUGCGAGGCGGGGUGAAUGAGGGCCGUGAGGACGACAUGCUGGUGGACUGGUUCAAGCUCAUCCACGAGAAGCACCUGCUGGUGCGGCGGGAGUCUGAGCUCAUCUACGUCUUCAAGCAGCAGAACCUGGAGCAGCGCCAGGCCGACGUGGAGUAUGAGCUCAGGUGCCUCCUCAACAAGCCAGAAAAGGACUGGACAGAGGAGGACCGGGGCCGGGAGAAGGUGCUGAUGCAGGAGAUGGUGACCCUCAUCGAGCAGCGCAAUGCCAUUGUCAACUGCCUGGAUGAGGACCGGCAGAGGGAGGAAGAGGAAGAUAAGAUGUUGGAAGCCAUGAUCAAGAAGAAAGAGUUCCAGAAGGAGGCUGAACCCGAGGGCAGCAAGAAGGGGAAGUUCAAGAAGGUGAAGGUGCUGAAGCUGCUGGGAAAUAAGCGUGAGGCCAAGAGCAAGUCCCCCGGGGACAAGAGCUAACAGCGAGGGGACUGCCACCCCCGCUGGCUCAGCCCUGUCCGGGCUGGUUCCGAUGACUCUGAUGCUGGUCAGACCCAAGGAGCAAGCAGGGUCCAGGGCCCAGGGUCCGGGGAGAGGCAGCGGCCGCACACACCUGCCUCGUCCCACCCAGCCCGGCUGUGACGGCAGCUCCUGGGUCCUUCCUUCUGGGCCACGUCCAGACGGGAUUCUUCGCUGUUAAAGUUUGGACCCGAGGGCCCUUCCCCCACGAGGUGUGCGCCCGGCCUCCUGCCUCCAGGGCCCUGCUCCUCGCAGGCAGAGCCGGGCUUGGCUCCGCUGCUGCUUCCUUGCCGGCCCGGCCCAGUUCCUGUCUUCCUCCGGGCAGGGGCCCGAGUCUGCUUCUCCUCCCGGGAGCUCUAUUUAUGAAGUCUCCGUGUUGCUCAGUGACUGUGUCCUCAGCCAUGAGUGCGGCUGAUGGACAAAACCCUCCCUCCGUCUCUGAGUUCCAGGAGGCGCUUCCCUCGUUCCUUGCUCUGUAGGAACCUCACAGGACAGGGGCUGUGAUGGCUGCACUGGGGACCUGGGGGCCCUAAGCUGAGUCUCCCCACAAGGGCCUCGAGGCAGCUCCCUGAUCGCUGAGGGGUCUGCUUGGUGUAGGUGCUAAUCCCGGUCUCUAACACACUGUCGUCUGAGGCUCCCCCCCACCCGGGGGGGGUAGGGCCCGUUCCUGCGUGUGGUCACCACCAGUCUGUCCAUCUCCUCACUCUCCUGUUGCUUGUUCUCCCCGACUGAUUCCCACCAAAGGACUGACCGCCUCUCCCCACCGGGAGGAGCAGUGGGGACCAGGCCUUUCCCCAGGGACUGUGCCCGCAGCUCUUGUCGAAGCACUGUGGCGAUAAGCUAGUUCUGGGACCUCCAGGCCCCUUCCCUCAGCACGCCUCUGGGGAAGAUCUCACUGUAUUCACCCCCACAAUGAAUGGAGACCACUUGAUUGCCGUGCCCUGCAGCCUCGGGCGCUGUGCCCUUGGCCAGGGCUGCCUUCUUUCCCGGGUGCCUCCGGUGCCUGGCCUCACCGGUGGCCCAGGAAGCGUGUAGGGGCUCUGGCCCUCACUGCCCGCCCUCGGGCGCGACUCCCUUGCUCUGGAGGAGAGGUGGCUCCCGCUGCGUAGCCCUGGCAGUCCCCUUCCUCAUGUGCCUGUUGCCCUGGGGCUGGGUCACCGACUCCAGGGCCUUUCGGGGGCCAGGAUGCAGGAACCGGGCUGAGGUGCCUCAGUGUCAGGAGACUCGGGUGGUGGGGACUACCGUGGCCAUGUGCCCAGUGUCGUCAGAUCUUUCCAUUUUUCAAAAGAAGCUAGAAAUCCAGAUUGUGUGUGUGUGUAAUUUGUAAUGUUGGCAACUAAUCUGAAAUUAAAUCGAGGGCAGGCUGAAUGUAUCCUGGGUUCUCCAGUUUGCUGCCUCGCCGGGGGAGGAUGGGCCUUGUCAUGGUGCGCCCUCUGGCCUCAGGUUCCGGAGGGCGGGUGGACACAGGCUUCACGUGGAAUAUUCCAGAACCAGCCCUUGAUCUGGCCCCCCUCCCUGAUCUGUUUGAGGCUGCAGGUGGAGUUUACCCUACAAACCAAAACUUGGGUCAUGUCGCCUGCAGGGUUAUAUGACUCGCGGGUGGAAGGGCUGCUGGACAUUUCCAAAAUAUUUUGAUUUACGGAGAUGGGAAAUGACAGACUGCCGGGGACAGGAGAGCUCGUGAUUGCCAAAGCUGUGGGGGCUGUGCAGUGUGCCCGGCCGGGCUGCCGUGCUGGGCAGACGCCUCCUUUGAGGCUGGGCCUCACAGGUGAGGGUCGGAGCUGAGGCUGGGGCCGGAACCGUGGGCUUGGUGGAAAGACGCAAAGCUGACUUAACCCUGAGUCGGCUGCUUGCUAGCGACAUGACCUUGGUUUUUGCAGCGUGUUGAGCCUCCGUUUUCACGGUGGGAUGACAAUCUUUGUGGGGGGGACAGGGUAUGGAGAGAAUGACUGCGAGAGGAAUCCAGCACCUGCCACAGUGCCCGCUAGGGGGCGCUCAAGAGGUUCGUUCCCAUUUCCACUUGAAAUAUGCAAACAGCUGGAAACAGGCUUGAAAAAAUCUAACUCCUUGAACAAAUAAGCCUUAUCCCUCUGGAAACAAAAGGGUGAGUGUAAUGUGUCAUGACCUGCGUUAAAUGUGUUUUAUUGGCCAA